GCUAAGGCAUCAUUCACACACCCCCCCAAAUCCCAAUACCGCGGUCGGAGCUGCUUCCGCUCUUGACGGACGGGGCAUCAUCUCCCUUCGCGCGCCUCGCAAGCACACCACACCUCCCCCCCCCAACGAUACAUAGUCAGCUCCUGGUCGUAUAUAAACCGCCCUCCAUGUCCGCCCCAAACUCCCGGAAGCGAGCUGCCCCCGGGACGUCACCCAUCGUGCCCAUCCAACGCAACAUGCAGCAACCGUACGAAGCCGAGCCCGUCGCCGUUGCGAACCCUGCGAUGCCAUGGGGCGGCAUCGGCGGCGUUCCCGAUCCCACCGACUACUUCGGCGCUGCCGCUGCUGUGCACGGCGACAAUCCCUACGGCCUCGCGCAGGCGCCGCCGCCGUUUCCUCCCGCCGUCAGCACCCCGUCGACCUCCCUCGCCCGCCGACAGAUGAACCGCGCCCUGGUCCCCACGAAUCUCCGAGCAGCGUACGAUGCCUCUACGGACCGGUGGUCUGGCUUCGGGGACGACGGCCUCCUCGUUCCGCAGAACGCGGCGGACAGCGCGGGACAGGACAACAUUGAGGUGCUGGAGGAGAUGGCCCAAAAGGCCAAGCGGGAAGCCCAGGCCAAGAGGAAACAGAUACCCCCCUUUGUGCAAAAGCUGAGCAGGCAAGUCGUCCACUACCCCUUCCUGGAGGAGCGAAAGAAUGAAGACUUGAUCCGGUGGUCGGAAAAGGGCGACUCCUUCAUCGUGCUGGACGAAGACGAAUUCGCCAAAACGCUCAUCCCAGAACUGUUCAAGCACAACAACUACGCGUCCUUUGUCCGGCAACUCAACAUGUACGGCUUCCACAAGUGCGUGGGGCUCUCUGACAACUCGAUGCGCGCGAGCGAGCGCAAGAACAAGAGCCCGAGCGAGUAUUCGAAUCCGUACUUUCGGCGAGGACACCCCAAUCUCCUGUGGCUCAUCAACAAGCCCAAGAGCGGCGGCAAGUCCAAAAAGGGGAACAAGGGCCAGGAUGGCGAUGGCGAUAGCGAGGAGGACGGCGCCCACGAGGAGGUUGCAAGCCACCAGGGAGCGCCGGUGACCAACGCCGCAGGCCGCCCGCUGCCCGCCGUCGCAGGAGCGGAACCGUCGCCUCUGCCCAAGAAGGAAAUGGCCCUGAUUAAGGAGGAGCUGCAAAAGGUGCGGGAGCAGCAGAAGCUCAUACUCGGCGCCAUCAACCGCCUGCAGCGCAACAACAACGACCUCUACAACCAGGCCCUCAUGUUCCAGAGCCAGCACGACCGGCAUCAGAACUCGAUCAAUGCGAUUCUCAACUUUUUGGCCAACGUCUUCAGGAAAACGCUCGAGGAUCAGGGGGCGUCGCAGAACGUCACCGACAUCAUCUCCAGCCUCAUGGCGAAUCAGAACCAGCAGCCGCAGCACCAGGGCAGCGUGGUGGACCUGGGCGACUUCUUCCAGGCCCAAGGCGACGCCGGCGCCAGGAAGUCCCAGAAGCUGCUCCCGCCGAUCCCCCAAGUCGGCCACAUGGGCCCGCCCACCCGGACGCCCUCGAGCAGCAGCUCCGUCUACCACCCCGUCGGCGCCCACCCGGAGAUGGGCCACGUCACGGAGCUGCUCGACACGUCCCCGUCGGACACGACCCUGAGGCAGGAACUCGAGGCGAACCCGCAAGAGCGGAUGAUGAAGAUUAUCAACGACCACAACGCCAGCAGCUCGGCAGGCCUCGAUCUGCCGGAAGCAGCCGAGAUUGUCAACAACGCCCCCAACACGCUGAGCAACGACCAGAGAAGCACGCUCGUCAACCUCAUUGCAGCGCAGACGACGUCGCCGCCGAUGCCAGCCACGCCUGCUGUAUCCGACCCCAUGUCUCAUCUGCCCUCUACAGCCGCCUCCUCGGCCAUUCCGUCUCCCGCGCAGGAGAGUACGGCCGCCCCGCCAUCGCUCUCGCCCAUUAUGCGAUCACCCACGAUGCCCGCGCCCUCCCUACACCACAUCAGCUCGAAUCAGAGCGAGCUCGAGCAGCUGAAGCGGCUGCAGAGCGAGCAGGAUGCCAAGAUCAACGAGCUGAGCGGCAUCCUGGGGCCGCUGAGCCCGAACGGCCACAUUCCCGGCCUGGACGACGGAAACGAAGCCUACUUUGACCCUCCGAAUGUCGAUCUCGACCAGUUUUUUGAUAGCAACGCUUUCCUCAACGACGCCCACUUUGGGGAUGGGACCGACUUUAACUUUAACCUCGACUCGGAGGCCCUCGGAAACGGACUAAACGGAGCUGUCAACAGCGGCAUCAACGGCGGACUGCCUAAUGGACAAGGCAUCCCCCACCACACUCCCAGUCCUACGGGCACCGAAGAGAUUCACCGAGAUGGAUUCAGAUUGAACGACAGCCCCGAUCAUGGGGCCAAGAGACGACGAUUAGGUUGA